UGAUUACUACGCUGUGGAGCCUAGCUAAAAUUCGGUUAGUACAAAAUGAAUGAAUCCGUUUGAUCGACAUUCGUGAAAGACGCUCUUAUAAGAAUUUUCCCGUUUUUUUCGAUAAUGCAAAGGUGUUUCUGGUGCUGUGCUGAUGGAUAGGGUCGAGGAGUGGUGGCGGUACAAUGGAAACGGAGUCUGUGAGGUCUGAGCUGAGCGGCCGGUCGCGAAGAAGCUCGAGGCACCGGCAGCACACGCAUCGCAGCACUCGGAGCAACAAAUCACAGAGGAAGGAAUCUUCAGACAACACAAUGGCGCCAUUCCAAACCAGUGUAAACAUCAACCCAGAGAUCGGCAGGGACGGCCAGGAAGUCAUAGAGGUCCAAAUCUUGCCACAAGAUGAGAACUGGGGAGAGAACACCACAGCGGUCACCGGAAACACUUCUGAAGGGUCACAGUCCAUGGAAGAUGUCAGCAACUGGCCCAUGGAGUCAGAUAAUGGCAUAGGUUUUGUCUGCACAAGAUAUUUUGGCACAACUAUAGCUCUUGGCCUAUCUUUUGUGUCCUUUGUGAGUCCUUUGGCAAUGGUAGUGUUGCCAAAGAUUGGCUUCUUCCCGGGAUUAUCAGACAGUAUUGCCAUACAGCCAAGCCAGAGGAUACAGUUGCUCUCAUGCACUGCAGAAUGUAAAGGCAUACUCCUUUCCUUAGCCUUCAAACUAGUAUUACUUGCGAUCGGCGUAUGGGCAGUGUUUCUAAGGCCAAGGAAUGCGAUCCUACCAAGAAUAUUUGUGUUCAGAGCCAUGACACUUGUAAUUUUAGCCGUGUGUAUAUUUUCCUACUGGUUGUUCUACAUUGUGCAGAUAACUGAGGCAACUAAAGCCCUCGCACUAGGCGAGGAAGCAAUGGAUUACAAUGCCUUAGUCUCUUACGUAUCCAGUUUUGCGGAUACUUUAUUGUUUAUACAUUAUAUAGCUGUUAUUUUAAUGGAGAUUAGGCAUUUAGAGCCAGUUUACUACAUAAAGAUUGUGCGAAGUCCUGAUGGGGAGAGCAGAUCAUAUGCGAUUGGACAGCUGAGCAUACAAAGGGCAGCUGUGUGGGUUCUACAGAAGUAUUAUACGGAGUUCCCGAUAUACAAUCCGUAUUUGGAGAAGAUACCGAUAUCUAAAUCUCAGAGGAAAGCCCAGUCUAGUAUAAAGUUCUAUGAAGUUGAUGGGUCUACAAAUGCUACGCCUGGACAAGCUAGAUCAGCAUCGGGCUCAGUGGGCGGGUCUGGGCGGCGGCGCGACUCGGGGUCUGCGCACAACGAGCGCUACUACGAGGAGGCGGAGCGCGAGCGCCGCGUGCGCAAGCGACGCGCAAGACUGCUAUGCGCCGCCGAGGACGCCUUCGCGCAUGUCCGGCGCGUCAGGGUCUCUACUAAUGGUGGAGCACUAGGCCCGCGCGAGGCGGCGCAAGCGGUGUUCCCGUCGCUGGCGCGGGCGCUGCAGAAGUACCUCCGCGCUACACGCCAGCAACCCAGGCAUUCUGCUGACUCUGUACUCGCCCACCUAGCACGCUGUCUCUCCCAAGACGCAUCACCACGUGCCUUCCUCGAACCAUUCCUGGUUGAAGGCCCAGUGCUCUCAGCUGACCAGGAGACCAGACCCAUACAGAGAUGGUCUCUGAUCUCUGACGAGCUCCUAGCGAGGCCUUUAGCAGACAACAUCGAGUUCCAACUGAGACAAGGUGAUAUCUCCCUUAUUUGUACCAUUAAACAGCUGCCCAAGUUCUCACUGACAGAAGAGGUCGUUGACCCCAAAAGCAACCGUUUCGUUUUACGCUUGAACUCCGAAACGUCAGUUUGACAGGAGGAGUUUUGCAGUCGCGAUGACUUUAGGCUUGUAUGACAUUCGGAGUACUUUUAGGUUAGGUAGUGAACAGAUUUGUUUUAAACAUUUUGCAUGAUUAAAGUUGUAUUUUGAACUAUUGGCAGCUAAUAAUGAUUAGAGAAUUGUAUAUGUAAAUAGAUUAUUUAGCUGAAUAAUGUUCUAAUUAAUGAAUUAUUGUAUGGCGAUGCUUGUGUUCAAUUUGGCGCGAAAUGCAUUUCUGUUCAUGACCUAUCCAUACGCGUUAUAGGAAAUAGCAAAAAAAGCAAAUUUUCUAGAUAAUUUGUGGCUGAAAUUAAAGCUAGAACUUUUUAGUUACGCUGGGCGUAACGUUCAAAGUACUCCGUAAGAUUAAAAAGAUUUUGAAGGAGGCUGAGGCAGUAUGUAAAUCGUAAACUUAGCGAGCCCAGUGCAAGCUCAUUGACACUAAAACGCAAAUAAGGGUUAUAUUUUUUAUGAGAAUACUUAACUUUGGCUAAUGAAGUCUCAAUCAUCUUUUAUACCUUUUAAAUGAACACUCUUUCCAGUAAUUACAAAAAGAAUCUCAAUGAAUCUCAAGUUAGUUUAAGUAAUGAGGUUUGCCGCCAUUUUGUUAAAUUAGAAAAGACUAGACUGCAUUUAAUGUUUUAUAUCUAGGUAUAAUUUGUACAUUCGUGUCAUAUUUUACAAAUGUAUUAAGCACAAUUUUAGUAAGGCAUAGAAUAAAUGUAAUAUUUAAUUGAUAGGAUAGGGGUAUACAAUGUGAAUUUUAAAAUAAAUAUCUAUAUUGUGACGCUAAAUAGAUCCUGGAUUCUAGCAUUACAUAUAAAACCUGAAAACAAGUAUUAACCUACCAAUAAUUUUAAUAAACUUGCUAUUAUAGUAGAAUCUCUAAAUAUGGCAACACCAUUCCAUUUUUAAACUGUGAGAACGCAUUUUGUACCUUUAUCUUAUACCUGGUGAAUGAAUCUGAAUAUCGUAUUGUAUAUUCUUAUAUUAAAUAUUAAUUAUACCAUAUCAUAGGUUUAUAUUUAUUGUGUAAUAGAAAUAGGUGGAUGAAUGCUCGUAGGCAGCUAUUUAAAUGUAGGAUAAAUGUUUAAAUAUUAAGUGGUAUAUUUUAAAAUGCUUAUUAUUUUAUGACAAGUGAAAUUUAAAAUAAUUCACUUUUCUACUAUUUAUUUAUGACGAAGUUAAGUUGACAUUUAAGCAUUUUAAAAUACACUAAAGUAUGUAAAAGACAGUUGUAAGACUGGUUUUCAUAGGUUUUUGAACUCUUUACAUAAUGCAAGUGAAUGAGGUUGUGCUUAGGACAAUUAUUAUGAAUGUGUGGGUGUCGCUGAAUUGACCAAAGAGCGCUUGGAAUUUGUAGCUAAUUAUAACGUAAAUAAGGUCUAAAAUCGUUUGGCACGUAACCGUGGCAGCUUUUAAUGUGCUAAGAACUGCUUUGAAUGCGAAUAUCAAUUUUUAAAGACUUACUUUGGAAUAUUUUGAACUUUAUAUAUAAGACUAUAAGGUUCAAUAUCAUAUCUAGACCAUGGCUUGCCUGGUUGUAACAUAUUCAGAUAUAUCUUGCCAGUAUUUCUUCCAUAUCAAACAAAGGUUUUUAUUAACCUUUUAAAAAUAUUUUGGAUUAAACAUACCUCGUUUUCAUACUUCCAAUUUUGAGAUUAGGCCAGUUUCGGCCGUGCAGCUUUAGCUGUGGAAUUCAAUGCUCAAAUAGCAGCCUUUUUGUAAAAUGCUUGUGCCUGCUUAGUGUAAGAAGUAUAUACUGUAGCUAUGUACAAGUAAGUACCUUAUUCCAUUGAAUAUUUACGGUGAGUUGUACCAUUUAACUAUAACGAUAGCUAAACCAUUUGCAGUUGUCGUUGUCAAAGCGCCGAUUCGACCAAUGGUCGGCAAGUAUACGGCUGGUUAUGGUUUGGUUGUCGUUAUAGUUAAAUGGUGCAAGUCACCCUUAGUGUAAUAGGACAUUUUGACAACUAGUUUAUUGUUUAGAUGAUUUUUUUGAAAGAGAUUGGUAUGAUUAAGUUGGUGGCCAGUUUUUGAUGUGAAGUUGAUAAGAAAUUGCAUAUUUGCAAAGUAAACUGAUAAACAAUGUUUUAUCCGAAGUUACUGAACACCACGUGAGUAGUAUUGGCCACUAGCAAUUAAAAAGGAAUACUUAAUUUAUAAAAAUAUUGAACAAAAGGCUAAUUAAAUAGAUUUGUUAUAUUUUCGAAUGAAAGACUCAACAUGCACAAAGUAUUUGCCUAUAGAUGUAAUUAUAUGCACAAUAUCGUAAUCGUUGUAAAACAAUUUGUACACUUUUGUAUUUUUUAAAUAAUAUAAAGUGAAUUUUGUA